AUGGGUUGGCCUCCAGCUGUUGUGAUUGUCGUCAGACACGGUGCCCGUCUGGAUGCCGCUGAUAAGCAGUGGCAUCUCACGUCGCCGACGCCAUACGACCCUCCUCUCACCUAUGGUGGAUGGAGCCAGUCGAGAGCACUAGGACAACGUAUUGCUAAUAUUUUACGGACUCGCGAGACCGACGACGAAGUUAUCUCUCCUCUAGACGACGAUGGAAAAUCUGGCGGCGAUCGAAGGAAACGGAGACACAAGGUCAUCAUACACAGCUCGCCAUUUUUACGAUGCGUCCAAACUUCGAUUGGCAUCAGUGCCGGAUUGGCUCAAAAUCCCGGACAUAGCCACCAGAGACCUCACUCUGCCCAUUCUACAACUGGCAAGGCCAUGCAUUCGUCCCCCAAAAUGAGGCCGACCAUAAACACAGGUUCGCCCUCUCUGGCACCUAUCCCAGAACCUGCGCUGGCUGGUAGUAAGCCGCCCGAUAUCAAGAAAUCCACCAUCAGAAUCGAUGCUUUCCUGGGCGAGUGGCUCACCCCCGAUUAUUUUGAGCUUAUCACUCCCCCACCUAGCUCCUUGAUGAUGGUAGCAGGAGCCAAAGCAGAUCUCUUGCGGCGAGAAGACUACUCCGGCUUGACCAAUCAAAAGGAGGCUAUCGUCGGUGGACACCAGAAACCAUUCCCUGGCGGUUGGGGAAGCCCGGUGGUCGCUGCAGAGCAGGACAAAGAUGAAGGACCUCUGUCAAGUAUGUCGGCGUUAGGUCAAGCGCUACACCGGAGAGACAGAACUGGUAGUCUGAGUAGCGUGGGAACCAACGGAAGUCACAACAGUCAUCAUAGUGCUAGAGCCGGCACAUCGUUACAAUCGGCUGCGGAGCACGGCGUAUAUCAGCCUCCCGUUCCAAACUAUGCGAUCUCGCUUUCUGACCCUAUUCCCCAAGGAUAUGUAGCACACUCUCGUGAUGCUUGCGUUGACGUCGAUUAUCAAUGGGACAGUAUGCGUGAACCGCACCUGUGGGGAAAUGGUGGUGAGUACGGUGAAGAAUGGAGUUCAAUGCACAAGCGAUUCCGAAAAGGUCUUCAGCAGAUGGUGGGCUGGUAUCAAAACGAUAACGAUCCAGGGAAGCUUUCGAAAAAGAGUCCAAGCAGUCCUGCUGCGCUGAGUCCUGGCCAAGAGGAUCAUGUGGAAGAAGAAGACACCGAUUUGGUCCUCAUUCUAGUAACCCAUGGGGCAGGUUGCAAUGCUCUUAUUGGAGCUCUGACGAAUCAGCCUGUCUUACUCGACGUCGGAAUGACAUCGCUCACUAUGGCCGUGCGGAAACCUGAUGCACAAAAUACUCCGCCAGCAACUCCAGGCGCAACACCAAAAUCUCAGUCCCCAAGAACCUCGAGGCUGGUGAACAUUUCGGACGAAUAUGACGUCAAACUUAUAGCAAAUACUGAACAUCUUCGAAACACCAGUACUUCCUCAACACCAACUGCUUCGAGGUCAUCUUCCAUUGUGAGUGGAUCUUUCCGUGAGAGGUUCGGAAGUACCACUGCCCACCACGAUUCAAAUAAAGCACGACCUAUUACUGCUGCUGCUUCAUUGGGCAGUAUUCGUCGCACAGCCAGUAUUGCAAGCUCUCAGCCACGAAGCUAUGUUCCAACAAGACAGAGCUCGGUUGGUCUUUGGAGUGCGACGCCAACCGAAGAGAAGGAGACGCCAGAGGAGCUCGAAGACGAUAUGAUCAUAAACUUCGGGAAUGACGGUACUGCAAUCCAAGACUCUCAAGAAAACCACCCAUCUCCCCCACCUCCUGAAAAGGUGACACAAGAGGUUGCGGAAGGCCACGAAGUGGAUGAGGUUGCGCCUUUGGGCCUCUGGGGAAGUCCGAGACCUCCAGGAGUUGCUGAGAGAAAUCGAGAUACAGGUCCAAAACGCCGGUGGACUGUGAAUGAACGUACACAAACCUAG